AUGGAUGCGAAAUGCUCAAGGCUCGAGAAUGAAGCCCGCUCGAUCGAGCAGACGAUCCCUCGAGACCCUGUUAGCCGUGCCGCUCUUGAGGCUACCAUCAAAAGCGCCGAGCUGUACCUCCAAGCCCUCCGCCUUACCGACACACCUUCCGAUCGAACGAGGAUCAAUGCGAAGUGUAAACAGCUCCUGGCACAGGCGGAGCGGCUCAAAGCGCAUCGAGAUGGGUCUGCUCCUCAGAACCGACCUCAAGAGUCGAGUAGUGCUUCAAAAGCGCAACCGUCCCCUCGCGAACUCACCACCAGAGAGAAGAUCGUGCUCCUCGAAGGGGCCAAAUUGAACAGUUUCAUCUUUAGAGAAUGGACCGGCACACCUUCACCCGAUGAGUUCACCCUCAAGAACGAGGAAAGUCCCUUCACCGAUGCAACUCCACUCCCGCUGUCUUCAACCCAGUUGGAAUCGUUUGACGGCUGGAAGAGGCCUCAUGAAGCACUUUCACCGCUCGUAGGCCAUACAAGAGAGCAGCUCCCAUCUCGUGAAGCCAUGACGCACUCGACCGAGAGUUUGGAUCUUGUCCAGGACAUGACAUCGGACUGUUCAGUUGUUGCAAGCUUGUGCGCGCUAACGUCGAGAGUAGAACGAGGACAUCUCAAGGUGCUCCGUCCUGUUAUACAUCCAUACGAUUGCGAAAAUGACCGCAUAUCCAUCUCACCUAAUGGAAAAUACAUCCUUAAGCUGUAUUUCAAUGGCUGCUGGAGGCGAGUUGAGAUCGACGAUUACCUUCCUACAUCGAAGACUUCAAGGGUCCUCCACGUGAUUGACCGCCGUCACCCGGGUUUGCUAUGGCCGGCGUUGGUUGAAAAGGCGUAUCUCAAAGUCCGAGGCGGCUACGAUUUUCCCGGGAGCAAUUCAGGUACGGAUCUUGCGGUAUUGACAGGAUGGAUCCCACAACAAAUAUUUCUCUACGACGAGGACUUCGAUCCGGACCGUCUUUGGGAAGAAAUAAUAACGCAUUUCCGGAAUGGUGAUGUGUUGAUAACAAUUGGGACCGGAAGACUGUCGCGGCGUGAGCAAAAACAGAUGGGGCUUGUAGCAGAGCACGACUACGCCAUCCUAGAUCUGAAUUCAGAGGGUGAUGUAAGAGAACUACUGAUUAAGAAUCCUUGGGCUGAUGGCGAUGUAUGGCGUGGAGCGGCGAGAAGAAGACCAAACCGGGAUGACGACAACGAUCCCGAUACCACAACAGCAGGCGAUGACAUGAUGCCCGGUACCUUUUGGCUGGACCUCAACAGAGUACGACUGCACUUCGAAAACAUGUACAUCAACUGGAACCCAGCUCUGUUCUCGUAUCGGCAAGACAUUCACUUUCCGUGGCAGCAAGGACUAACCGGGCCAACGGGUGACAUCUUUAUUGACAACCCACAAUUUGCGAUCAAAACACCUGAUGAUGGCGAGGUCUGGUUAUUGGUGAGUCGACAUUUCCGGACGGGGGACUACACCCAAGCAAGCGCGGGAAAGAACGGGUAUAUCAGUUUAUACCUAUAUUCCCGGGACGGGAACAAGGUGAUCUCCAGCAAAGGUGCAAAACUGCGUGGACCGUUCGUGGAUUCCCCAAACACCUUGUUGCGAUUUACGGCCACUGCCAGAACUACCUACACUGCAGUGCUGGUGGCGGAAGAACUUCCGGCAGGAAAGCUGAAUUUCACCAUCUCGGCGUUCUCGAAAAAGCCAGUGGUGUUGUCAGACGCCGAGCUUCAAUACUCUCAAAAGCACAGCAUUCAAUCAGCCUGGAAGCCGUCAAAUGCCGGAGGGAAUUCAGAUUCGGCAGAUUAUCUGUUAAACCCACAGUUUCGGUUCUCUUUGAACGUCGCUCAGAAGAUCGCGUUAGUCCUCCGGGUCGAUGCAGACGCCCAAGCUGAGGACACGGACAUCCAUGUCAAAGCAGCCGUUGUCUACAGCGAAGGCUCAAGAAUUACCCGACUACGAGCCAGAGAUGUGAUCGCGCAUUCAGGCGACUACCGUCGAACAAAUACUGUAAUCGAGACAGAGCUGCAGCGUGGCAACUACACCGUGAUCUGCUCGACAUUCGAUCGCAAUCAGCACGCCAAGUUCAGCCUUGACCUGUACUCCUCAUCGACGGAUCCACAUGCAGGCCUCACCAAGGUCCGGGAAGACGGCGAUGGACGGUACAGCAUCAAACCCGCUCCGGCGAUAUUCACCAAUGGCGUCAACCGAAUCCUUGCGCCAUUGAUAGUGUCGAGGUUGAGCCGUGUGACUUUCGUCGCUCGCCGUGAUCUCUUUGCUGGUGUAGCGGCCUCCCAAACCUCGAUGUUCAAAAUGACGGUGGAGCAAGGCCAAGGGCCGUACAAGCGCGUCAUUGCGAGCAGUGAGAUCGAUAGCAACGAGUUCAGUUUCGUGACGUCGUGGCUUAGGAUUGAAAACGUGGAUCUGCAGCCUUCCAUGUGCGGGCCAGGGACCGGUGGAUUAUGGCUAGUCCUUGAACGAUUGGCGCCAGGGGGCUAUGGCGGAGAGGAGAGGCAUGAGUUUCUGGGGGUUGAAAUCUUCACAGACGAACGAAUCGAAUUGCGGCCUUGGGGUGUGGGCGACGGUUAA